AUGACGAGCGAAGACGACGUCGAGGAAGACGGCGGCGCGGCGACGGACGGCGCGCAGGCGCCGUACGCGGCGUUUUGCACGGCGGCGAUACUGGCGGCGGUGCACCGAGCGGCGAUUUGGCGCGACUCGAAGGAUUUCGUGGACACGCGGUCGAGAUCACCGCCGGCGAAGGUGUUCGAGGCGCUGGCGCAGUCGCGAGCGGCGACGUGUAGCGUGGCGGCGCGGGAAUUCUUGAACGAACACUUCGAGAGCGGACCGAGGGAGAGGUCUAAGAUGCCGGAACUGGCGGACUGGCGAAGCGAGCCGGCGGUGGCGAGAGGGGCGAGGUGCGAAAAGUCGAGGGAGUUUGCGACGCACGUGCACGAGCUGUGGCGCGUGCUCGCGCGGUUGGACGCGGAUGACUACGCUGAGGAAGAAGUCGGCGCGGAGGGCGAGGCGCGACGGACGACGAGCUCGAGGAUUCGAUUGCCGUACCCGGCGGUGGUGCCGGGGGAACGUUUUAGGGAAACCUACUACUGGGAUACGUAUUGGAUCGUUUUGGGGUUGUUAACGAGCGAGAUGCCGGCCACGGCGCUGGGAGUGACGAAUAAUUUGUUGUACAUGGUCACCACGUACGGAUUCGUGCCCAACGGCGCGCGCGUGUACUAUUUGAAUCGAUCUCAGCCGCCGUUGUUGUCGUCGUGCGUCGCCGAGGUGUUUCAAGCGACGCGAGACGUCGAGUGGUUGCGACAGGCGUUGCCGUUGCUGGUGCAAGAAUACGCCUAUCUCACUCGAAGUGAACGCACGGUGACGAUUCGUGACACGGAAACCGGAGAGACGCACGAGCUGUCGCGAUAUUUUGCCAACACCACGCGUCCGAGGCCAGAGAGCUAUCGCGAAGACGUCGAGGUGGCGCGCCGAGCGACCAGAAAGGUGGAGGACGCCGUGGCCAAGCUCGAAGCUAAGCGUAAGAUAUAUCGACAUCUUGCUAGCGCGGCGGAGAGCGGCUUCGACUUCAGCUCGAGAUGGUUCCUAGACGGCGAUAACUUGGAGACGAUUCGCACGUGCAACAUCAUUCCAUCCGACUUGAACGGAUUUAUGCUACGAGUGGAGACGCAAAUCGCUUUGCUCGCCCGCGAGGCAUUAGUGUCGUUGGAAAACGAAGACGAGCUCUUCGCCGAGCGCGUGUACUUGAACCAUUUGCUCGAGAAGUUCUCCCGUGCGAGCGAGGUGCGGCGGCGCGCGAUUGACGCCGUGCUUUGGGACGACGACGUCAAGCGGUGGCGAGACAUGGCGUUCGAACCGCUCAUGGGCGAAGACACCCGAGGAAUCGUGCGCGAUCGCGAUGAUCUCACGGCGGCAUCUGAGAGCCCGUUUACGAGCGAUUUUACUCCGCUUUGGUGCGGCGCUUGCGAUCCCGACAGCGAUCAAGCGUACGAAGUCGUCGAGUCGUUGAAAAAGUCCAAGUUGGUCACCGACAAAGGCAUCGCGACCUCACUCGUCGAGAGCGGUCAGCAAUGGGAUUGGCCUAACGCUUGGGCGCCGGAGACUCACAUGAUUGUCGAAGCGAUACAAAUUUUCGCCCCUCGCGAGGAAGAGUACGCGAAGACGCUCGCGCACUCGUGGCUCCGCACCGCGCAUCAAGCGUGGAAGUCAACGGGCUACAUGCACGAAAAGUACGACGUGCGCUCGACCGAGGACGGCGUGGGUAAAGGCGGCGAAUACAUCCCUCAACGUGGUUUCGGCUGGACCAACGGCGUGACACUUCGAUUACUCGAACAAUACGGAUUCCCUCAAGAUUGA